AUGACGAACCAACUUGGUACCACCACCUGCCAAGGAGUAGCAACCGUGUCUCCGACCGAGAGAGUGAUGUACACGAGUGGGCAGCCAAGCGUGAUUUGAUUGCCCAACAGAUGUGGAAUGAUAGAGAGAGAUUGGCGAACAAGGAUGCUUCAGAGAGCGGGAGUAGUGCUAGUACCAUUUGAAAGUACUUUCCUGUAGUACAUUUUCCUUAUUUAGCAGUUCCAUGUUUAGACAUUUUGUGCCAAUCUAACUCUGUAAUUUUCUUUUCGUGUAUUGUGCAAUUGUACUUUUAUUUUGGAAUGUACUGUUGGGUAAUGUAUGGAUUGUUUGUUUGUGCUGAAACCCUUGAAUAUUCGUUGACAUAAUAGCAUAUUGACUUCUGACCUUCAUUUAUAGAAUGGGUGAGCAAAAAGAAGGUGCCAAGACUGAGGUUGCUCGCUCUCGUGAUAAUUACAUGUCAUGGAGUGAUGAUUGUACCAAGUAUAUGCUUGAGUGGUAUAUCGAGAAGCAAAGGGACAAGCCACCAACCUUCAAGUGGAAGGCACAACACCAUCUACAAUGUGCUAAUGAUUUGAAUGACAAGUUUGGAAUUACAGCUACAGCAAAACAAGUUGAUCGACACUUUAGGUCAUUCAAGGAGAAAUGGAAGUGGAUAAAGCUAGCAAAGGGGAGGAGCGGAUAUGGUUUCGAUAAAGUACUUAACAAAUUUAACAUUGACAAGUCAGAGAAAUCACCAAGCAAGCUUGGUAAAAUAAAAUUUAAUUACCUUACUCACUCCAUCAAGUUUUAUCAUCUCCUGGAAGAACUGUUUAGCGACUCGUCUCAUGCGGAUGGCUCACUAGCUAUUGAUGUGAAUGAUGCAAGUGAGAAUGUGGAAUCUGAUGGUAGUAGUGAAACGAGCAACCACACAUCCACUUCCGAACAAGGUCUUAGUGAUUCCGACAUGAUUGCGCCCAACAGUCCAGCUGAAGGCACUAGCUCAAAUCUGAAGCGCAAGCAUGUUAAAGCACCACAUAAGAAGAAACCAAAGGUCAAGGCGCGUCGAGCCAGCGUGUUAGAUGAUGAUGUGGCAGCGAGCAUUGUGAGUCUUGCUGAAACUGUGAAAUCUGCUGCCCCUAUUCAGCCAAUAGCAGUUACAGACCCCAAUGCCAAUCUUUGGAAACACAUUGAGUCGCUAACUAUCCUAGCAAAUGAGAAGAUUGAGUUAGCAGCCUAUCUUGCUAAGCCAGAACAAGAAAUUUUCCGUGGUUUCCUGAACUGUGCAAGCGUCCAGACUUUUAAUGCUUGGGUCCUUGAUUAUUUCGCGCACAAGUACGACGGCAAUGAUCGCACAGCUGCUGAUCCAUCAAUCUGAAUGACAUGUUUGGUGGCUUUCUUUUGGCAAGUGCUUUUGUACUCUACGUAGCUUUUCAUGCACUUAUGCUAAGUGGAAUUCCUGUGCCGUAAUGGUGUUUAGAGGGUCUUGCCUUUUGUAAUGCAUUGGUCUAGCACAAAUCUAAAUUAAGCUAGUUUGUAAGAAAUUUCCUGAUGCUUGAUGACCUUGUGCAUGCUACGUUGCAAUAUUGCAGUGGUAUGAUGGUGCUUCUAAAUUAGUAAAUUAUGCCCAUGGUAUGACAAUGGCGUGUAAAUUAUGUACUGGAUUACGUAGGUAACAAAUUCCUUGUCGGGACGAGUUAUGCAUAUUUGGUAACAAACCAAUUGAUAUACACUUGUUUUUUGCCAAAUAUUGGCAAAACAUUGACAACCAACCAAUUGGUAGCCAAACUUGCCAAAUGUUGGCAACUUCCAGCUUUGCCAAAAAUAGGCUUGCCAACAAUUGGCAUGCCAAAAAUUGGCUGCAAACCAAUCAGCCUCUAUUUUCCUAUUUAUUCCCUACUCAACCUUGGUACAAGUACCAAUGAAAUUUCUCUUCAUGCAUCCUAGUCCCUUCGAGUCUUGUCAUCCGGCCUCUCUCCAGCCAGUAUUUACCCCUAUGAACUUUAGUUCAUAACAAUGUGAGCUACUAUGAUCAGUGAGAGUCCAGCGCAGGAGGUAUACUAAUCAUCAAUGGUAAAGUGCAACCAAAGUAGUCCAGAAGACAAUAUGACAAGCCGGCGAAUAAAGGUGAAAGCAAAGGUUCUUAUCAAGCAACAACUGAACAAGAUGUUCAGAACUACUCCCUCCGUUCCAAAAUAGAUGACUCAACUUUGUACUAACUUAGUACAAGUUGAGUCACCUAUUUUGGAACGGAGGGAGUAGACGUUAGACGACAACACUAGGACUAAAAAGCUUUAGAAUGACAAGCAGCUAAACUGGUCCUGGACUUCUGGUUAAACGCGAAACAUUAUAUCUUAUCAGCUCACAGCUUGAAACGGUUUGCUCAAGUGACAUACUUCAACUUCAAAGGUCUAAACCCCACAUGGAAUUGUAUGCUUACACCCAUUUAUUUGACAACUGUAAUCAUAUUAAGACAUUCACUAUGUGCCCAUGAAUCUAUAAAGGAAAAGGCUGCAGUUGAACAUCUGUUGGAUGAGUUGAAGUGGCUUUUGACUGUUACAGUCUAGCAGUAAUGAACUUGAUGAGAGAAUCUUAGAACAGUACAAUCAUUAGUAAAAAAACAAUUUAUCGAGAAACAAAUCCAAUUCGGACCAUGAAAUUUGGUAACUGGUACAUGUCUGAGUUGAACCCCCCUAUCUGAGACCUUCAAGUUUCAAGACCAAAUAACUUCAAAUGCCAAUGUGAUGUCGAGGCAUAUGCCGGUUUCAUGAAAGUGGCACAUACGACAAUAUGGAUUAUUAUAUGAUUUCCAAGGAUUUAAUCUAAAAGUUCAGCUUACAAAAAAAAAAUCAAGCUAGAUAUGACAGGACACUCACCCACUCCCAAACGUGGAUUUCUUAAGAAAAAUUACCUGAUUAGGCCUAUAAAAAUUGAUCGUCAAAUUUUCCUACAGUUUUUCAGUUGUUCAGCCAUUCUCUGAACUCAAAAUUAGUUUCUAGGAUGAAAUUAAAGUGGAAUCAUUAAAAUAAUCUACACUGUCAGCCAUCUUUGCGCCACUUUGCCCAAACCAUCCACGUCAUACAUCACAGCAAUGACAUAACCCUCAAAACCGUGUUAGGAUUCAAGACGGUCAGGUUAUGAAACUGAGGGUUAAAAGAAAUAGUUAGUGUAUUGUGUAGUUGGGGGUUCAACUGUCCAAGAUAGACCUUUCCACCAAACUUAGGCUAAUUUGGUGAUGUUGACCCUAAGAAGAAAGGGCAAGAAUCAUUGCCACUGGGCUAGGGGUACAUUUGGUUUACCACCAACACCAGCCUUACCAAAAAAUCGGCCCGCCCAUGGGAUUUGGCCGCCGUUUGGACUGCACCAAAAAAUUGGCUCACCCAGUCCGCCCGCAUGUUAUUCUCGCCAAUUCAUGGGCGCAGCAAGGGGGUGGAAAACGCUCGCCAAAUAAUUUGCAGCCUGCUCUUGCCUGCUCUUUACGUGGGUCUCGUUUCAUUUUUGCUUUUAUACGGUGGUCGCGUCCACUGCUUUUACGGAGGUUUCGCCAAAUAAUACGGCGGAUUAAUCGCGUGGGUAGCUGCGUGAUGACCGAACAGUUUUUCUUAAGGCAACCGAACAGCUGUUUGGAUGGAUUUUUUCAUUGACAGGUACUCCCUCCGUUCCGAAUUACUUGUCGCAGGUAUGGAUGUAUCUAGAUGUAUUUUAGUUCUAGAUACAUCCAUUUCUACGACGAGUAAUUUGGAACGGAGGGAGUAGUUUGGAUGGAUCAGUCCCGUGUAAGCUCCAGCCUAACAUACGUUUUAGUACUGGACUUCCUUUGAUCAGAAUAAAAAACUUUUACUAUUGGACAAAUGUUCUCAAAACCAGUACUAAUACUCUUCUCUUGCAUGUUUAUUUUUUGGCAUAUUAUAUUUAAUUAAUUUAUAUAUUACAAAAAACUUAUUUUUAAUAUGUCUCUUUCUUUGUUGGCUCAAGUUACAUCCAAAUUAAAAUCAGAUCAAGCACUAAUCAAUCCAAGUUACUCGUACAAAACAUUUGGCAAACCAAAUGAAGUCUUAGUGAUUUUACCAAAAUUUUGGCAAGUACAUUGGCUACAAUCCAAGCAAUGAUAACUUACCAAAAUUUUGGUCAUGCCCUCACUUUGGUCAUGCCAAUUUUUUGGCUGGGCUAGCUGGGGCACAAACCAAACACACCCUAGAUUUCCGGAUAAAAUUAGACAGUUUGAGUAGAAUUUUUUUAGAACAUUA